GUUCAAUUUCCUGAAAAAAUAGUUAUUUAUGAACUUUACACAGACGACUCAGCAGAUAUGCACUACCGUAUCAAAGAACGCAUUAAUCGUAAAUUUGACUGUAAUUUGCUUGUUGUCUGUGCCAAUCACAUCAUCCUCUGUCAGGAAAAACGGUUGACAAGUUACAAUUUUCAGGGAGGCAAAGAACGAGAGUGGGUGAUGGAAUCGCUUAUUAGGUAUAUCAAAGUGACAGGUGGUCCUGCAGGAAGAGAGGGACUGUUGGUGGGACUCAAGAAUGGACAGAUCAUGAAAAUAUUUGCUGAUAAUCCAUUUCCUAUACUGAUCUUAAAGCAGCAGACAUCUGUUAGAUGUUUGGACCUGAGUGCCUCCCGAACUAAAAUUGCAGUGGUUGAUGAGCACAACACAUGUCUGGUUUAUGAUGUUAAUAGUAAAGAAUUACUUUACCAA